CAUACAUUUUAAAAUAAAGCGCAGAAGAUGACGGAAUGUCGAAGCAGUUGGAAUCUGAAAUCAAGCGCAUUGAAAUUGAAAAAUACUGUUUGGAAACGAAGUGAAAAUAUCAGAAUUGACAAUGGGACCUGAAGAAAAGCUGAAGGAUCUUUACCCAGGUCUGAAACGACUAGAAAUAGAUACCCACCUAGAUUUUCAAGAUGACAAUGAAAUACAUCUGCUCAGGAUUCCUAGGAAUGUUGAUCCCAAACUAUUGCUGAAAUUUGACUUCGAUAUUUAUGAAAAAAAUAAAUUGAAAAUAGGAGAUGAAAAGUAUGUCAUUCAACCUACGCCAAGAGAAACAAACUCCACCCUUAUUGUCUCUGGUGAAGGCAAAAUAGUAGACCUUAAGAGUAACAUCUUAAUGAAGAGAUAUAUUAAAAAAAAGCAUCCGGUGGUUUUCAAAUCAGAAAAACCAGUAAUGUCUUUACCAAAUAGUAGAAACCGUCAUCCACUCUUUGGAACAACUUUUGAAGAGAAAAUAGAGCUUGGUGAAGACAUAGAAGAAAAGCUGAAUAAGGCAUUAGAAAACUUAAUGAAACGAGAUGCGAAUUCAAUUAAGAAGAAGAAAAAGAAGAAGAAUGAUGAAGAUCACAGCGAUGAAGUCAUUUUCAGUUUGUUGAAUUCUGAAAGCUCUUCUAACCAAAGAAAGCAAUCUGUUGAAGGUGUAAAUGACGAUAGGUCAAUAUGCUCCUCCAGUAAAAAGAACAAGAAAGCUAAAAAAAGCCUAAUUGAAGAAGCCAAUAUUAAAAGUGAAUUAUUCACAGAAUGCGAAACUGAUAGUGGAAUCGUUUCUAGUACCAGUAAAAAAAAUAAAAAAACUAAGAAAAGUCUCAUUGAAGAAUCUUUAAGGAGUAUCAAAAAUGAAUUGUUUCCAGACGGUGAAACAGAUGGUGAAAAUAUGUUGGGUUCUGCUAAAAAGAGCAAAAAAUCAAAGAAAAGUAUUGAAGGGAAAUAUUUGUCCAAUAUUAAAAGUGAGAUAUUUACGGAAUAUGAAACAGAUAACGGUGUAACUCCUACGAAGAAAAAAAAGAAUAAAAAAUCUGCUUCUGAAUUGAAUUGUAUGCCAGCCUCAGAACUUACUAAAGACGAGUAUUUGAACAACAGCUUGAAUUUUGAAUUAGGCUCCACGAAAAGUCCAACUAAAAAACGGAAGAUGAGCAAUUCCGUUGCCAGGAAUUCUGAUUCUGAAGAAGGCGGUAUCACUGAGGAGUUUUCAGCAAUAACCACAAAUGAAGAAAAAAAAAAUAAAAAAUUCAAACGUAACUCUACCUCUAACGAGAUAAUUCUGAAUGGUUUUAAUACUGAUGAAGUGAGUCCUUCAAAAAAAAUCAAGAAAAAGAAAAAGUAUAAAGAUUUAACAGGGUAGUAUUAUUUUGGGUAUAGUGCACCUUCAAAGUAUGCCUUAGUUGUUGAUUGUUAUCUGUAUAUAAAUGUAUAAUAGUUCUAAUUUUACAGAUAUGACUCAAAAUUAUUAUGAAGCAGUAAUUUUUAUGAACGUUUAUACUGAAUCAUCAUUUUUGGCUAAUUUUUUUAAAUGAAUACAUUUUUUGUAUACUUAGAUUUUUUGUCGGAAGGAGCGCUUAAUUUAGAAUGAUGAGAUAAAAAUGAAAACUUCAUAAAAGUAAUGAAAACUAAGUUAUCAAUGCAAUUCAAAUUAUUAAAAAUCCUGAAAUUAUUCAAUAAACAUCAAUAAGUUUUCUCUCUAACGACUUGUUAGGCUGGUACCUUUGUACUUUUAGUUAAUUGUUGGUUGGAAAUAUUUUUUAAUGAUUUAUUUGUUCUGUUUUUAUUUACUGACUAUGAUUUUUGUAUUCAUCAUUUUUAAUAUUAUAUGGUUUUAGUAACAAGGUACACAUCUAUGGUAUAUUUUUUGGAGAAGUUGAAGUUUAUAUUAAAUACUUCAAAGUAU